CUCUCUACCCCACCGACAGUCACGCCUCCAGGUCGGCUUCGUCCUCCGCUGAGCUCCGCCCUCUGUAAAGAAACUACCCUCCUCUUCUCCAACCAUCGUCGAAACUUAAAAGCCGAGUUCAUAGCUUGCAAACGUCGGGUUUAUAUUUUCAUACCGGGUGAUGCUGUGAAGGGGAGGCAUGUGAAAGCUCCUGCGGCAGAAACUUGAGACAUUAAGCGGGACGAUGAGCUCCAGUUUGUAGCCUACGGUUCACCACUCGAGCUUCUCGGUUCAUCUGCGUGUUGAAGUGCGCCUGUCGAUUCAAUCAUGGCUCGCGGCUGCAUCUGCUGCGUUAAAUACAUGCUCUUCCUCUUCAACCUGCUCUUUUGGCUGGGCGGGUGUGGAUUGUUGGGUGUCGGUGUGUGGCUGUCGGUUUCCCAGGGCAGCUUUGCCACGCUGUCGCCCUCCUUCCCGUCGCUCUCCGCCGCCAACCUCAUCAUCACCCUCGGCACCGUUGUCAUGGUGACGGGCUUCCUGGGUUGCCUGGGUGCAAUCAAGGAGAACAAGUGCCUGCUGCUGAGCUUUUUCAUCGUUCUGUUGAUCAUCCUGUUGGCCGAACUCAUCCUCCUCAUCCUGUUCUUUGUCUACACCGACAAGGUGAACGAAAAUGCCAGACGGGACCUGAAAGAAGGGCUGGUGCUGUACAACACGGAUAACAACGCUGGUCUGAAGGAUGCGUGGGACACCAUACAGGGAGGAUGGAAGUGUUGUGGAGUGAUGAGCCACAGUGACUGGUACACUGCCCUGCAAGUCAACGUGGUUCCCGACCUCUGCUGCCAGCAGUUUUAUGAGGGCUGCGGACGAAAUGCCUCCAACGCCUUCUGGACACGGGGUUGCUAUGAGAAAGUAGAGGAAUGGCUGGAUGACAACAAACACCUUCUGGGAACCAUCGCUAUGUGUGUGUUGGUCAUACAGCUCCUUGGUAUGGCUUUCUCCAUGACGCUUUACCAACAGAUCCACCGAGCAGGGAAGAAGUACGAAGCCUGACAGGAUUUCAGUCAAUCCUGGUGACAUAAAAGUCCCAGAAAACAUCAUAUCUGUUACCUUCAUCUGUUGUUUAUAAUAAAAACAAGCCAGUUAGCCGUGUGUGCCACUACAACCUUUUAUCUAUGCACCCAUUUAUUGUUGUGAAUAGCAUUUAAACUAGUUUUUCUUAUCGUCAGCUUUUUUUUUUUUUAAAUCACAUUAUAUAAUGAGUGUUUUUAUGUAAAAUAUUUGGUAAGUAUUGGUCUCUGUCAGUAUCUGGCUGGUUAAGCUAUGCCUGUGGAUCCAUUUAGAUAAAAACGGAGCAUGUGUGUGUGUGUCAACGUGUUCAAUAAAAGCAGAGAGCACUCUUCA